CCGCAAGAUCUGUGAUUGGUCGGCUUGGUAGCAUCGCGUUUCCUCCCACGCAUUUCCGGCGUGUUCUUUUGCACCGCCCGCCAUUUUUAAAUUCUGAGUACAGCGAAAGAAACAUGGAAAUGGACCAAGUGACCGAGCGUUUGGUUGAAGAGGUGAGGAAAUACAGCCAUCUGUAUGACUCGUCUUCUGCCGAAUACAAAGAUUGCCAGAUGGCAGCGAAUUCGUGGAGAGAGAUUUCCUCCAACGUCGGGUUGGAUGUAGCGGAUUGUAUGAAGAGAUGGAAGAACACUCGAGACAAGUACGUUCGCCUCCGUAAAAAACUCGCCACAAAGAGCGGGGAUCCAGGAGGAAAAAAAGUCCCGGCGUUUUAUUUGUUCCUGUCUUGGCUGGCACCUCAUGUGAAACACCGGCUUACGGAGUCAAACUUUGACGAUAAGGAUGGGAGCGAUUCAAGCUCAAACUCCACUGGUUCGGCUGUUAUAAUACCUCCAGUCAACGAUGAUGAGCAACUACGAAGUUGUAGCCCCCAUCGCCAGCCAAGUCCACUGUCCUUUCAGCCAUCUCUUCCGUCCCCCCAGCCAUCACCGAUGACCCCCCAGCCAUCACCGAUGACCCCCCAGCCAUCACCGAUGACCCCCAGUCCAAGGAUGGCACAAAAAAGGAAGAGGAAGGAACAAGAUGACUGGAUCCAAAUGCAGGUUGCUCGGUUGGAGGCUCAGUUGGAGGAACGGCGGGUGGAGCUGCAACAAAGACUAAGUAAAGAAAACGACGAGAGCGACCGGUUUGGGAACACUGUGGCUGAUAUGCUGCGAAGGGUGCCUGAGGAGCACAGGGCACAUGCAAUGUUUGACGUGUCCAAGGUCCUGUUUGAGUGGCAGCAGAAGAAAUAG